UUCAAGCACUGUUUCGUCAGCUGGUCGCUGCGAUUCCUAGCUACGUCAACUAUCCAACAAGACAACAACAAGUUAACUUGGGCCAUUAAUUACCUACAGCGAGCUUUAAAAAUGAGUGCACCGAGGAUUUGGACUUCAUGGCACGAAGUUGAAACACUUUAACGAAGAGUCAGCCUAAAACGCGUCUUCUAGCGCCGACUGGCAAGCCUCAUGAAAGGGAGAUUUUUAUUGUCCUAGCUUGCUGGCUAACGUUAGCUAUUUGUCUGGUGGGUUACCGACAGAGAGGGAUGUCUUUGCGGCAGAAUUACCGGCGAACACCGGCGAGCAUAAAGCAGGAGCAAGAUGACGACUCGGACGCGGAGGAGACUCAGCUGGGUCUCAGGAGGUCAGACGGGCUGGACUCUCAGGUCAUCCACAGCGGACACUUCAUGGUGUCCUCGCCGCACAUCGAGCACCCUCCGAAGAAAGGCUACGACUUUGAUACUGUCAACAAACAGACCUGUCAGACCUAUCAUUUUGGCAAGGCGAGCAUGUCGCACAUCUCCAUAGAUGCUUCACUGACCAAACUCUUUGAGUGCAUGACUCUGGCGUACAGUGGUAAGUUGGUAUCUCCCAAAUGGAAGAACUUCAAAGGUCUGAAACUGCUUUGGAGAGACAAGAUCCGCCUUAACAACGCCAUAUGGAGAGCCUGGUACAUGCAGUAUGUGGAGAAAAGGGAUAAUCCUGUUUGCCACUUUGCAACUCCCCUUGAUGGAAAUAUGGACUUGGACGUCCAUCGUCCUGCACCGGCCACAGAGGGGAAAUGCUGGAAAAGAAGAAUUGAAAUCGUCAUAAGAGAAUACCACAAGUGGAGAACAUACUUUAAAAAAAGGUUACAAAAGCACAAGGAUGAUGACCUGUCAAGCUUGCUUAAGGGACCAGAGGAGCAGUUAUCGCUGUUUGGGGAAGUCUCUCCAGACAUGCUCCGUGUCUCCUUUUAUCAGGAUGAAGAGACUGCUGCACGCCGUCUGCCUCGUAGACUUAAUGAAACGCCUGCCCCUAUGGAGAUGGACCCCCUCUUUGACAUGGACGUUCUGAUGUCUGAGUUUACAGACACGUUGUUCUCUACGUUGGCCUCGCACCAGCACAUAGCCUGGCCUAAUCCAAGGGAGAUUGCUCAUGCAGGGAACGCAGACAUGAUCCAACCAGGACUCAUCCCUUUACAACCCAACCUCGACUUCAUGGACUCCUUUGAUCCACUGCAAGACUUAUUUCACAGCCUCCGUCCGCCCGUCUUCCCCUCUGUUUUACCCACUGCAUCAUCUGUCACCCCUCUACCCAGCAGCAGCGCUCAGACACAGGCCCAGUUAAUGUCCUCAAUGCUCACAAGCAACCACAUAUCCCCUCCUGGGUCUCUGCCCAUCCCAGCUUCUAUGGCCAGUCAUACCAGUCAAACAGGCGGUGGUGAUUCUGCCUAUGUACGAAACUACAUGCCUCUAUUUCCUGGGCAGGUGGCGCCCAGUGGUCAAAGAGUAGUUUCGUCAGUAUCUCAGCCAUUAACUCGUGAUCCUCUGGCACAGUGCCUUCCGGGUCAGGACAUAACCUCAGCAGCACCCAUGGUUCCCUCAUCCUUGGACAACACCUCAACGCUGGAUGAGACACACUCGGCCUCCUCUGUUGUCCCACCCAGCGAUGCAGCCCCCACCUUCAGCCACGCCUCUGAGUAUAGCUCCAUAUCCACACAACCUCCUCCUUCCCAACUCCAACACUUGGCUCCUUUGCCAGCCAAUCCUGUCAAGCACCCUCAGACUUUUGUCCUGCCUCGCCCCUUUCAGUCAUCCAGUGCCAACAAAAACCGCCCUGUGCAAAGGAUUGCUCCUGCUAACUCCCUCCCACCCGCCCACCUCAUCCUCACAGCCCCUUUCCCAGGUCAUGCCAAUGCUGUAAUUGUUACACCAACACCUCUGAAAGCAGAUACUGGGGUGGUCCUCGCUCCUUCUCAACUUGGAGGGGUAUGUUUCAGCCCCGACGUCACAGCUCCUGGAUAUCACGUUGUGUCUCAGAAGUCUCCACAACCGAUUGUCCCCAAAGAAAAGUCUUAUUCUUCCAGUCGCAAAAAUCAGAAAGCCUCUUCUAGUGUCGGUCAGAGUCAGCCAGGAUCACCGUGUGGUUUAGAUCAAGUUCACAGUCCCCAGUCACUGAUCAACAGCAGCAGUACACCUCUUGUAAAGACGGAACAAAAUCAGAGCCGAAGGACAACACACAUAUCUGCAGAGCAAAAGAGGCGAUCAAACAUAAACAUUGGCUUUAAAACACUCUGCAACCUGGUUCCCACUCUUAAGUCACAAUCAAGUAUCAGUAAUGCAGUCACAUUGCAAAAGACAGUGGAUCACAUUGGGAAGCUCCAACAGGAGAGGCAGCAGAUGCAGGAAGAAGUCAAGAGACUACGAGAGGAGAUCGAGGAGCUCAACACCUCCAUUAACUCGUGUCAGGAGCAGCUGCCUGUGACAGGGGUGCCCAUCAGGCGGCAUCGCUUCGACCACAUUCAAGAGAGGUUCAAUGAAUAUGUGAAGAACCGCACUCUGCAGAACUGGAAGUUCUGGAUUUUCAGCAUCAUUAUCAAGCCACUCUUUGAUUCAUUCAAUGGGAUGGUGUCAACUACAAGCAGGGCAGAGCUGUGUCAGACCACAUUACAAUGGCUCGAUCGUCACUGCUCCCUUCCAGCGCUCAGACCCAUGGUGCUGAGUACCCUUCGCCAGCUGAGCACAACCACGUCCAUUCUUAGUGAUCCAUCCCUCCUGCCUGAAGAAGCCAUCCAGGCCGUCACACACACACAUGUGUAGCCGUACUCUCAGAGGAGGUGAGGCGACCCAAAAACCAACUGUACUUUUUAACAGAAAUCAUAAAAAUGACAUCACUAGUUCACCUUACAGCAAGUUCAGCAAGGUCACCACGUCUUCCACAGAUCCACGGCUUCCCUGAAAAAUAAACACAAUUAUAAAUGCAAGCUAGGCUUACUUUUACUCUGUAUGUUGUAUGGCCUGACAUGUGUUGUGUUGUGCAGCCUCAUUUGUGCAAAAAUGGCUUUUAUCAUAUUGUAUUUUAAUGACAACUACUACUACUACUUUUACCUACUUUAAGUGAAGAUCUUCAUUACUUUAUUGGAAGGUGGUACUAGUUGUUUGCUUUUUGAACAACAAUAUGUAUUUCAAUUUCAAUGACCUUUGAUUUAAAAGCACAACAUUGUGUUGAAAAGGGAAAUAUUGUGUGAUUGUUCAUUUUGUGUUUUCAACAAGAGUAUGGAUAGGAUGCUUUUCUCGCUAGGAAUGUGAAUGUGGGAUUUUUUUUUUAGGACUGGCUGUGAAUAAAGUCUGUGUUUUUGAAGGCUCUGAAACCUCCCGUAAAGGUUUCACUUCAGAAUUGAAAGAAUCGCCUGAAACACGGUCAGGUUGAUGAUCACUCGUAGGUGGUCUGUGCUUAAAGGGUAACUUUGGUCUUUUUCAACCCGGAACCUAUUUUCUCAUGUUUUUGUGUCUAAGUGACGAAUUGGGACAACAAGUUUUGAAAUUGCUCAUGCAUUGUGGGAGAGCGCUGCAGACAGCAGUCGCUACACAGGCUUAAAUGUAGUUCUUCAAGGCAAUUACACACCGUCAAUGUGCGUCCACUAAAAGUGCUCGUUUUUGCCACGGACCACUCAGAUUGUUUUUCAGAAGUGUCUAACAACGUUAUGGUUCCGACUCUACAGUAAAAUACUUGAUCCGGUCUGUUUGUCUCGCCCGGAAAAGUCUCCUUCUGAAAUCUUAACAUCCACAUUGUCUAAAUCUUUUAGAUAAAAUUAAGCUACGCUUUUGGUACUCCAACACAACAAACUCUGAAAACACCGGCACUCUAAAGCAUGUCAAGAGGAAAUGUUUUAUUUCUCCAGAUGGUCCUUUUCAAGACUUCUGAAUCAGUCAUUUGCAAAGACAAACACUAUUUGUAAGUGUAUUUAGUAUAUCACCUUUUUAAAGAACAAGAUCACAAAGUGCUUUACAGUAAUUCAAAAUAUGUAAAAGAAAGGAACAAUAAAACAUUAACAACAACAGACCUUAGAAACACACCAGGGACGACCAGUAAGCCCUGGUCAGAAGGUCUACGUGAGCUCCUGGAGAUGUAAGGAUGGAGCAGGUUAGAGAUGUACUCAGAAGCCUGACCAUGCAUGGCUUUAUAUAUAAAUAUAUAUAAAAACAAGAACCUUUCAAAUUAAUCAUGAACUUGACGGGAAGCCGAUGUAAAGCAGGUAGAAUAGGUGUGUGUGAAUUGCCCGUUGUGAUUACAUCUCCGCCUGCUCUCCCUCAAUGCAUGACUAAUAUCAGAAAUGGUUGUCUCCAUUAGAAAAUGGGGUCCAGGUUACAGAAAUACCAAAGUUACCCUUUAAAAAGUGGUUUCUUGGUGGUUUUCCGUCUAUGCUCAACAUUUUCCUUCAUACAGUGCUUGCUCUGCCCAUUUCUAGUGAGUUUAACUGCAAAAUGUACAAGAAAGCAGUCAUCUUAAAUACAGUAUGAAUGUUACAUACAUUCAACUGGGCAGGUCACAGCAUAAUGGAGCCAUAUUGCUUACAUCCCUCAUAGGGAGCAUAACUGAAAUAGCAGUACCGAUUAUGUGUGUAUAUAGAGUAUAUAUACAUACACAUACACACACACACUAUAUUUCACAUGUGCAGUGUUACAAGAUCUUAGCACAGUAGUUUUAGAGGUCUUUGUUGGUCACUCAGGGCUGCGCUGGUCAGCGUAAUUAUUUUCCAUUCAGCUAUGAACAAAUCUAGUCAGGGUCCUUCUCAGCAGGAAAACAUGUUGGUUAGAUCACAUGGUUUAAUUUACCAAUGUUUUUUCUGCUCGUAGUUAGUUAUUUAUAACGUCUGUUAAUGCCACGUGAAAAGACGCAGCAUUCAGAAACCAACCAAAAGACAUAAUAAAAUGUAGUUAACCCGUCCAUUCAGUUAUUUUUUUGUGUUACUGACAUUGCUCUGUCGACUGCUUGAGUAUAAGACACUGUGCAGAUUUAGUCGCCAUGUCUGACGUCCAUCAGCCUUAAGGUCAAAUAAAUGGCCCUUACCCGUGAUCUCUGCGGGCUCAUUAGUCUUUGUCUCUUUUUUUUGCAGUUCAGUACUCCUCAGGCAUACAGGGAUUUUGUGAUUUUACUUCUUUUCUGCAGAACAUCUCCGUUUACUUUUAGGUUUAUGGUCGCAAAUGGCACCAAUGAUGGUUCUUAUUUGAUGAAUGUGCAGCUUUUUGUGUGUUUUAUCGUGGAUUGCAGAUGUCUUUUAAUGGCCGAUUUUAAUUUACCUGUCGCUGUCCAGGCUGCUCAAUUUACAGUAAGAUGGGAAAAGCAGUCAUCAAAAUGCAAUAAUGUUACAGUGAUCCAUAGGCCUAUUUAACUUAUGACAUAAAGCCCCUAUGUUCUACUGCAGCUCGGCAUUUGUUUGUUCAUUUUAUUGGUUUGUUUUUUUCUCUCGCCCUCUGAUUUUAAAAUGUCUGUCAUACAGGUUGGAUUUCCAACUUUUGUUUGCUGUUUCUGUGAGGGGGUUUUGUACCUGAUGAUGUACAGUAUAUCAUUGCAGAUUAGAUCUGCCCAUGUUGGUUCUCCCCCAAUUAAGUGUUGAAUUUCAUUUGUUUUAAGACAUAAAGAUAUUUUCUAUGUGUUGCA